CCUACGGAAAAGUCAUGUCUAUUAGCUAAUUUCGUCUUUCUUAGCACCUCAUAAAAUACAUUUGCAUUGAGGAAGAAAAACGUUUAACUUUUUAUAGGCUCGUUCGUGACUCAUGUGGUUCUCAGCCUCAAAUGGUAAUUUUGAGGAUGUUGCAGCAGAGAGGGGCGGAGAGCUGGACAUCCUCUGUAGACUAUUUCUCUCAGACAGACAGCACACAAUGAAAGAGUCCGUCCAAUAGAGCAACAUGCUACAUACUGGAUAUUUUAUAUGGAUAUUCUUCUCCUCAUGGGGAAUAAUUGCGGGCGGUUUGAGGACUCUACCUCAUGUGAUGAAGUACCAAACAGUGAUACCUCAGAAGUUGAAGGCUUCCUCUCACUUUAAUGAUGCUGCUACACAUCAGACGUACCCUGAUGAACUCCAGUACUCUUUGACGAUUGCAGGACAAAACUAUACACUGCAUCUGGAAAGAAACAAAGGUCUUGUUGGGAAAAACUUUGCUGUGACACACUACUCAGAGCAGGGCACCCAAAUCACAACGACUCCAGAUCUUCAGGGUCACUGCUACUACCAUGGAAACAUUGUGGGAGUGGAGGACUCCUCUGCCAGCAUGGAACUGUGCUCAGGAAUGAAGGGGUUCGUGCAUCUCCAGGACGAAAUGUACCUUAUCGAACCUCUGGACAGUGCAGGAGCUGGACAGAAGGCCAGCAGACAGAGCUCUGGAGCUCACAGCGAGGAGAGUCUUCAUGCUGUUUACAACUACAAACACCUGAGGAGGAAGAGGAGCUCCUGUUCCCAUGGAAACACAACCACUUUCUACGACCAUGGAGCUCGUCCGUCUGGACUGUUCCAGCUCAGCAGUCUGAAAAGCAGAGCCCAGACUAAAGACCAAAGAGGAAAACCCAGAACAGUGGAGCUUGUUGUGGUGGUCGACAACACAGAGUAUAAGAAUUUUGGCAGUAGGAAGACAAUAGAGGGCAGAGUGCUUGAAAUAGCAAACCACGUUGACAAGCUCUAUCGCCCCGUGGGUGUUCGUGUAAUGCUGGUCGGUCUGGAUAUCUGGUCAUACAAAGAUCAGAUUUACGUCAGCAGAAAUCCUGAGCAUACCCUCAAUGACUUCCUGAAAUGGCGUCAGCAGAGCCUGCUACCAAGGAUCAAACACGACAACGCACAGUUCAUCACAGGUGUGGAUUUUGAUGGCUCCACUGUCGGCCUUGCAAACACAAAUGCAAUGUGCACCUCUAAAUCUGGAGCUGUCAAUGAGGAUCAUAACAGUAAUGCAAUCGGAGUGGCGUCUACUGUGGCCCAUGAGAUGGGUCACAACCUGGGCUUGUCCCAUGAUACUGAAAAUUGUGUCUGUGGCUCUUCAAUAUCGAAAAAAGGCUGCAUCAUGGCUGAGAGUGUUGGCAAUGUGUAUCCAGAGCAGUUCAGCAGCUGCAGUCAGCAGCAGCUCAGCACAUUCCUGGAGCAGAUCAACCCUGCCUGUCUGCUGGAUACUCCCUCUACUGAUCGCAUCCACGGAGGGCCAGUGUGUGGAAACGCCUUCCUAGAGCCUGGAGAGCAGUGUGACUGUGGCACUGUAGAGGAAUGCAAGAAUCCCUGCUGCAAUGCAACUACCUGCAAAUUUAAUACAGGAGCUCAGUGCGCAGAGGGCGAAUGCUGCCACAACUGCCAACUGAAACCAACAGGCAGCAUCUGCAGACCAAAAGGAGGAGACUGUGACCUGGCAGAAUACUGCACAGGACUUUCCGCCUCCUGUCCUACUGACGUCUACACCCUAAAUGGCCUGACCUGCAACCGUGGGAAAGGAUACUGCUACAAUGGACAGUGUCCGUCACGGCGGCAACACUGCCAGAGACUUUGGGGUCCAGAUGCUGAAGUAGGUACAGAAGCCUGUUUCAACUGGUACGGAAGCUGCAUAAAGAGUCUGUAUAAGCAGAGAUGUUCGAGCCAAGAUAAAUUAUGUGGGAAACUUUUCUGCUCUGGAGGCUGGGAGUUUCCGGUAACAUCCAGGAAAUCCUUCUACAGAGUAGGAAAUGGUAUAUGCAAUGAGGCAACUAUGGACCCUGAAGACAACUACCCAGCAGACCUGGGCAUGGUGCCUACUGGUACAGCGUGUGGCAUAAACAUGGUAUGCUACAAUCAACAGUGUCAGGAGAUCAAAAAGAUAAAAGAGUACGGAACAAAUGACUGCUCUGCCAAAUGCAACAACCAUGGGGUUUGUAACCAUAAGAGUGAGUGUCACUGUGAACCCGGCUGGGCACCGCCUUUCUGUGAUAAGCAGCUGUCAGAGCUGCCUGAAGGAGCAGGUCCAGCGUUGAUUGUGUCAGUGGUUGUCAGCUUACUUCUGCUGUUUGUCUUGGUUAUUGGAAGUUUGAUGUGCUGCAUCAGGAAAAAACAACCCGCAAAAAGAGCACUCCCAUCUACUUCAGGACAGUCCAACCCGUUGUUUGAGAAAGGCAACGCACGAGGCAGCCCUCGUCUCGGGUCUACAAGUAUCAGUCAGCCUAUAUUUGUUGAGUCUUCAGCCACUCAGGCCUGUAAACCCCUGUCCUCUGCUGCUGUCAAACCACCUAAUGGAGCAUUCAAGCCCAGCAGAACAGCUCCAGAGCCCCCCAAGAAGGUACCAACUGUACCUCAACAGUUUGUAAAGCCGGUCAUGCAGUCACCAACUGGUCCAAGCAAGCCAAUCUACACUGAGGCGAAGCCGCUACCUCCGUCCAGACCUCUACCACCACUUGCAACAAAAUCAGUCAUGAAGCCAAAACCUCCGAUGCCUCCAGUGAAGCCGAAGCCCUCUGCAGGCCGGACUCCGCUGCCACACACUCAGCUGCUUGCAGGGAGAGCUGCCCUGAUGCCCCCCAACAGGCCCAGAUGAUUGAGGGAAUAAUUCAGCCUGGAGUAAACCUUGAGAUCCUCUGACAGGGGACACUGUUGUUGUUGUUGUCCCACCAACAAAAUCCUCUCAGGAGACGUCUGUCUGUAUUAAUGUGGGGAACGAGAUCCCACUGUAGGAUCAGCAACAAUAAGUGACAGAGCUUUUCUGUCAAUUGUGGCCUCCCCGAGGAUUACCGCCAUCUGUGUCUUGCUUUUGUAGGCCUUCAGGAUGUUGAUGAAAACCUGAGGCUGUGAUUGACAGAUUCAGCUUGUGUACUAUAAAUGACAAAUGGUUAUGCUGCCAUGAUGAUGUGUUUUUAAGGGAAAUGUUUCUCUGCCUUGAUCCUGGGACAUGUGAACACUUUAUGGAGCAAUUGCACUAUUGAUGCUGUAACUGUUUUACUAACUGCUACCAUUGCUGCACAUAGUUUUUGGUACUGCUUUUCUAAGAGAUAAUGUAGUUGUUAAGGGAUUUUAAAAUGUGGCACCAACAUGGGAACUUUUUUCAGAUUUUUGUAUUAAGGACAUAACACAAGGGGUAUGAUUUUGCCUUGAACCUUUUUGUAGUAAAGUAUGCUUGAAUUUGUGGGACUGUGUCUUAAGAUUUUUUGUAUUUGUUGACUAAACACAUGUUGAUUGUAAUUAUUCAAGGGAUUUUUGUAUUGCAUUUUCUAUACAGCAGUUCUUCACUCAUAAUGCCAAUGAUUGUGUUUUUUCCUUACAAUGAGGACUCUGCUUGGAUUAAUGCUGCAAACUUAAACUGAAAAAUAAUUUGAAUAUUUAUGAAGAAUUUCUUUAUGUAUUUAUGUGUAUGAAAUUGUGC